AUGGCCGCCGUAGACGUGCAGAUCCUGAAGGACUCCGGCAGCAUCGCUGUCCGUUACGCCAACGGGAACCUUCGCAUCCCCGGCUUCAGGCUGCUCCACUGCAACACUACGGUCGACAUGGAUCGAGACCCCGAGCUCUACAUGAUGCUGGAGCCCGUGGUCGUCACGAGGAGCCUGAACAAGGCGACUCCAAACACCGACUCGCGCAACAGCUCGCGCCGCCUGCGUUUCGUCUUCAAGGCGGUUAUCAUGUUCUUCCGAUGGCGCCUACCCUCCGGCGAGAAGAUUUUGCGUGACAAGGGCAUCGACAAUCUUCAUGACGAGGUCUUUGAAGAGAUAAAGGCCGCGCUUGUCCGGUCUGACUCGCACUUCUCAAAGUUCUCGGCCAUGGCAAUCAAGAGGUGCCUGCAGGUAUUCACCGCGAACGUUAUGGACCACGCGCGAACCUUGGGGCCCUCGGCAAAGGGUGACCACACUGCGAGAGACCUGGCUCGAGAGGCUUGGGAGGCUGUCAAGCAUUUCAAGGCAAUGCUGACCAAGGAUUGGGCAACGAUCCCUGAGCCAAAUUUCUUUUCCGCUUCUGGUCCUCCUGCUUCUCCGCCACCUGCUUCCAGCCCGCCUGCUGCUGGCCCGCCUAUUGCUGCUGGCCCGUCCACUCCUCAUCCACCUGCUGUACAGAGCCAGAACCAGCAUGAAUCGAAUUCGCCAACUUACGCGGGUGAACUGCCUUCCUCACCCGAUGCAACUGGUGCUGCAGGCAAUACGGUGGUGGCUCCACAAAACCUAACCUCAGCAACGACCACUCGCAGUCACAGUCCUGACGGCCGCACUGCACUCCAGCCCAUGCCCCAAGCUAGAGGGGGGCCCAAGCCCAGUCGCCAGCAAAAGAUUUCAGAUGAUCCCCUCAACAUCCCCAAAGCCACAGCGUCUCCAAAGACAAAAACGCCUGAGAAGAGAUCGAUGCCAAACACGAAGCCAUGUCCCACCAGCGUUCUUGGCAAGCACCCCAGAGGCAGGGCUGAUAUUAACGAGGCAAGGGCUUCUCGCCCGGCCCUAAGACAGAAGAAACUUGAGCACGACAACAUCUUCGAUGCGGCACGUGCAGGCCCGGAGGCCAGAGAGGCCUGGUACGACAGGGAGCAUGAGAAGUACGUAGCCCGGAAGCACGAGUGGGAGGACAAGGCCUGGGCGAUGAAAGCCACACACAAGGACCUCGCCUGCGAAGUCCUCGACCUCAGGCGCCGCGUGCGAAUACUCGAGAAGGAGAAGGAGGAGGCUCUUGCUACCCAGCGCCAGCAGCUCCGGCCGGGUCUGGUGACCAUGAAGAUGACGCCGCGGGUACAGAAGCACGCCAAUCGGCUGUUCUCUCCCACAAGCAGCGGUCCAGUAGAGCCCAAGCCUCCCAAGGCUCUUUGGUCCUACCAUGGUCGCUGGGCCCCUUGGCCCAGCACACGUACCCCUCACCAUGUGGGCAUCGAGACCUGGCUGGAUCAUGUCCAGAAUGAGGCCGAGCCUGGAGACGACACGACGCUGCCCCCGCCCUGGGAGGAGACGCCGGGUCAGAAACCAGAGGAUCCCACGCCCGCUCAGGCGCAAGAAGAGCUCGGGACUGGCACGGUUCUGCCGCCGGUCGGAUAUUUCAGACACCCCCGAUUCGACUGGGAGAGCGAGAAGUCGACCUGCCCCGAGAAUGAUAACGAGUCGGAGGUUCCUACAGAGUCAUCUUGGUGUUCUAGCAUCCCGGCGUGA